AUGGCUUCAGCAGCACCUCCUUCUCAUUUGUCGUCUGCAGCUGCUGCUGAUAUUCCAACAUUAAAUUCUUAUGGUUCAUUAUAUCAUUCGGAUGAUAUUGAAGUAUUACCAUCGACAACUGUUAUUAAUCCAGCAACAUUUCAAAGCAAUGACUCUGAUUCUGCAAUAGCACAUCGAUAUAAACCAGCAAGAACACCUUGUUUAAAACCUCAUCAAUCUGAAACAAUAUUUGCUAUAUGUUUAUUUACACUUGGUCUUAGUUUAUUAACCUAUGUUAUUGUAUCAUAUUGGUUUACACAUAGUCAAAUAUCUCCAAUAAUUAUCUUUAUAUGUGGUUUAGUUUGUUUUAUACCUGGUUGUUAUUAUUUAAUCGAACAUUACUGUUUUAUAUUUAAAUGUCAACGAAAUCGUAAUCGACCUUUACGAAUAAUUGAUCAGGAUGAUGAUAUUAUUUAG